UUAUAAAAUGUUUGACUCAUCAGACUCUGAAGAAGAGACGAAUGUGGUUCCAGUACAGACAUUAAAAAUUGACUGGUUAGAUAUGUCAUUCAUGGGUUGCCCUGAAAGCGUAGCCCUCAGUGGCCUGCCAGGAUGCCGCUUCAGAAAUAUCUUCCAGAACCUUAGCACAGAUCUUGAUAAUAUUGAAGAAAGAGGAAUAACAGAUGUAGUAACAUUAGUCACAAAGGGUGAGCUCAGGAAGUACCGUGUUCCUGACCUGAUCAGUGAAUAUGAAAUUAGAGGAAUACGUGUCUACCACUACCCAUUCCUUGAUGGAACUGCCCCAUCCAUUGACAUUGUUAUGACCAUUAUUGAUUGUAUCAGGCAAGUUCUCGAAGAGAAACGGAAGGUUUUAGUACAUUGCAUGGGUGGCUUGGGCAGAGCUUGUGUGGUAGCAUCUUGCCUCCUGCAAUACUUUGAUAAUUCUGUGACACCAGACCAGACAAUAUUUUUGCUCAGGGACCUCAGGGGGGCUUGUGCAGUGCAAACUGUUAAGCAAUAUAAUUUCAUUCAAGAUUUUCGAAGCCUUUGUGAGACGUGGAUGGAUGAGGACAUAGACAGGUCUGUGUCUCGCUGACAGUUUGGAAGUGAAGGCCUGGCACCAGGAGAUUUGGAGUCGUAGAGAAUAGAGCAAGAAAAGUCGUCAUGAUGUUUCACACCAUGCUAUAAGAAGGGUAAAGCGAGUGUGCAAAAAAGCAGUGGCAAGAACAAGACAGUAACGGCAACAGCAACAACAUUAACAGUUGAUUCAAAUGUUGACUUAAUUGACAUUUUGAUUGAUCAUUACAUUAGUCUCUGUUCAGAGGACCCAGCCAAUAUGGUUUGUGAAUUUUAGAAUGUAUCUUAUCAAGAAAAGUAAUGCUUUGAUAAGCUUCACUUCAUAUCCGCUCACUUGUUGAAUGAUAUUUAUUGUUGAUGAAUUUCAAUUGUAUCUUAUUUUGAUGUCAUUUUAAUUCAGCUGGGUAAGAUGAAUUAGUUGACAUUUUAAAUUUUCAUCCAUAGGGAUUUGAACUGAAUUUACUGCAGUACUUGCUCCACUGCAUUUACACUCUUAUAUAGCUAAGAUAUAUGUAUAGCAGGAUAUAGCACAACUAUGACAGCUUACUAUUCACGAAAUGAGUGUAGAAACUUUUACAUAUUGUAUUGUGGUGAUAAUAAUCUGCAUAUCAUGGUUAAAAUGUUCUGUAAUAAAUUCACUUAAGCAUUUUUAAAAUAGCCUGUAUAUGCAGAAAAUCAGCCCUCACAUGUGUAUUAGUGAUAUUUUCAGAUUUUUUAAAAAAUAAAAAAGGUGUAUUCUUGUUAAUCUAGUCGAAGUACAGUUUAUAUAGUUUUACUUAUCAUUAUUAUUGUCAUAGUUAACUUGAAAAUAUUUUCUUUUUAUCCUUCUCAAGUUUCUAAAGGUUUCAGGUUCUUGUUGGAUGUUUAACAAUUUUUUUAUGAUUUAAUGAUUUUUUAUGUUCUUGUUUUAUUAAAUUUUGGUGCAUUAUUUUCGGAAUAAGUAGUAAGUUAUGCAAACAAAAAAAGAGAAACAAUUUCAAAUAAUUAAAUAUUGAUACUUUAUUUCGCGGCAUUGUAUAUUGUUAUAUUUUGUUAUGUUUUCAGUGUUGUAAUUUUAAUUAAUAAUAAAACAUCAUUUGCAUUGGAAACACGUUCCUUAAGAAAGAAAUAUGAAAGCAAAUGUACAAAGUGUAGAGAUUAAGAAGAUUUCAUUAUUAUAUGAGAAAAAAUACCGGAGCACAUGUAGUGAAAGUUUCUUAUUUUAUUAUACUGUUUUUCUCAUAGAAGAAUUUUUGUUAUCCUUUAUUUAUGUAAAUUUGAAGCAAAGUCAGCCCUUUGUGGUUUUCAGAAUUUGGAAAUAUAUAUAUAUUUAUUUAUUAUUAUUAUUUUUUUGGCGGGUCCAAGAAAUAUCGCCAUAUUAGAAGGGAUUUCAUGAAUACCCGUUAUUGUUAUUUGUGAUAGGUUUCU